AUGGGGUCUGAACAAAACGAUAGCACGAGCUUCACGCAAUCAACAGAGCCAAAGCUAUGUGCAAACGGAUGUGGCUUCUUCGGGUCAGCAUCAAACAUGGACCUAUGCUCGAAAUGUUACAGAAGCAUAUGUGCAGAGGAAGCACAAACAGCUGUUGCAAAAGCUGUUGUUGAGAAAUCAUUCAACGUGAAAUCAUCAUCUCCUCCUCGUAGUAGUAGUCUCUUAAAGGUGAAAUCAUCGGAGCCGGAAAAAGAAAAAGCUGUUUCUGUUGUGACUGAGCCGUCUUCAGCAGUAGUAGAAGAAGAAACGGAAGAAGCAGUUCCAGCUCCGGUUACUGAGGAGAGCGAGCCAUCGAGACCGACCGGUGUUUGUGUUGUAACAGGAAGGUUGGGAUAUUGGGUUUAA